UAUUCGUUUAUAAUAAUACACAGCAAUUUUAUUGAAUAUAUUUUAAAGAUUAAAUAAUCAAUUUAAAUGUGAUUAUAGUGAAAUUCGUUUUUUGGUAAUCGAUUCGAACAAAUCGAUACAAACUGUAUUCGAUACAACAGCCUAAACCGGAAGACGAUGUUUGAAAACCUCGAUAAUUUCCGUGAACGUUUGGCGUCCAACAUACACGUGCAUGGAGAGUUAAAGUAAUAAUUCUAUUAAGUAUAAACAUUUAGUCGUGUAAAAUAUAAAAUGGGAAAACCAGGAUUUUCACCAGGUGGAGGUGGAGGUGGAUUUGGUGGUGGAUUUAGGGGUGGCAGAGGGGGUGGUCGUGGAGGUGGAGGUGGUGGAGGAAGAGGCGGUGGUACCCCACGCGGACGCGGUGGUCGUGGAGGAGGAGGUGGAAGAGGACGUGGAGGCGGUGGUUUUAAAGGUGGUAAAACUGUUGUGAUAGAACCUCAUCGCCAUGAAGGAGUUUUCAUAGCUAGAGGGAGAGAAGAUGCAUUAGUUACUUUAAAUUUAGUACCAGGAUCAGAAGUAUACGGUGAAAAGAGGAUUAGCGUUGAGGGGGAGAAUAACACUGAAAAAAUUGAAUAUAGAGUUUGGAAUCCAUUUAGAUCAAAAUUGGCUGCUGCUAUACUUGGUGGUGUAGAUCAAAUUCACAUUGCACCUGGAACCAAAGUAUUAUAUUUAGGUGCUGCAUCUGGAACUACAGUAUCACAUGUAGCAGAUAUUGUUGGUCCAGAAGGAUUGGUGUAUGCCGUAGAAUUUUCACACAGGUCAGGUAGAGAUCUUUUAAAUGUCGCCAAGAAACGAACGAAUAUUAUUCCAAUAAUAGAAGAUGCAAGGCAUCCUCAUAAAUAUCGAAUGCUUGUUGGAAUGGUAGAUACAAUAUUUGCCGAUGUUGCACAGCCUGAUCAAGCCAGAAUAGUAGCCUUGAAUGCUCAAUACUUCCUCAAGAAUGGAGGUCAUUUUGUUAUUUCCAUUAAGGCAAGUUGUAUAGAUUCUACAGCACAACCUGAAGCAGUAUUUGCCGCCGAAGUGAAAAAACUUGUCGCCGAUAAAUUGAAACCACAAGAACAGAUUACAUUAGAACCAUAUGAAAGAGAUCACGCCGUAGUAGUCGGUGUGUAUAGGCCGCCACCUAAAAAAGCAACCUAAAAUAUGUAUAUGUAUAUAUGUAUCAUCUAAUUGUUAAGAUCACCUCGAUUGACCAUCGUUCCGAAGAAUGUAUGCAAUAUCUUUUGAUUGAUUGACUGCAAGUAAUGUUUUCAAAUAUUUCGUGAAGUCUACGAAUGAGUAGACGGAAAUAGGUUUUGUAAUAUAAUGUAAAGUGAAACAGUUGUCAUGCAGAUAUUCGGCGAAUUUGUUUAUAAAUGCAAUUUAAAUCACUUUUGUAUCUGUAUAGUUGGUACAGCGAAAGGAAUGUAUAUGUAUGAUUGUUUAAUACAAAGUUUAUAUUUUAAA